AUGUCUGAAGAAAAUAAUCAUAAAGAAAAAAGUAAAAAUGAAAUUAAAAAAGAAAAAAAAAAGAUUGAAAAAGAAAAAAAGAUUACAGAAUUAAAAUCAAAAAAAAAAAUAAAUGAAAAAAAUAAUACUAUAAAUUAUGAUGAUGAUGACGAUAAUGAUGAUGAUAAUUUUAAAAAUAAAAAAUGGGGUGAAAUAAAUAAUGAAAAUUAUAAAGAAAUAAUAAAAAAUAGAUUUGUUAAAGAAUGGAGUAAUAUUUCAGAUUUAAAUGAAUCAUGUGUUGGAAAAUAUGUAUUAAUUAGAGCUCGAGUUUCAAAUAUUCGUUCAUUUGGUAAUAGUCUUUGUUUUUUACAAUUAAGAGACGGUUUAUCAAGUAUUCAAGCUGUGAUAUCAAAAAAUGAUGAAAAUAAUUCAAAAUCAAUGAUCCACUUUAUCAAUUCAACAAUUACAAAAGAAUCAAUAAUUGAUAUUGAAGCAAUUUUAACAAAUUCAUCAACACCAAUUGAAAGUUGUAUAAUUAAAAAUUUAGAAUUAAAAAUUUAUUCAUUAUUUUUACAAUCAAAAUCAAAUUCAUCAUUACCUUUACAAUUUGAUGAUCUUUCAAAACCAACGACAUAUCAAAAUUAUGAUGAUAAUGGUUAUACUUAUGUGAUUCCAUUAAAUAGUAGAUUAAAUAAUAGGUGUUUAGAUUUACGAACUUUUUAUAAUUUAUCAAUAUUUAAAAUUCAAUCAGCUAUAUCAAAUUUAUUUAGGGAUCAACUAUUAAUAAAUGAUUUCAUUGAAAUUCAUUCACCAAAGAUAAUAAAACAAUCAAUUAAUGAAAAUUCAUUUAAAUUAAAUUAUUUCAAUGAAAUUGCAUAUUUAUCAGAAUCAACACAAUUUUAUAGACAAUUAGCAAUUGUAUCUGAUUUUAAAAGGGUGUUUGAAAUUGGGCCUGUAUAUAGAACUGAUUUAGGUCAUACUCAUCGUCAUUUAAAUGAAUUUACAAGUUUAGAUUUUGAAAUGACAUUUAAAGAUCAUUAUCAUGAAGUUUUAGAUUUUUUAGAUAAUUUAAUGAUUUCAAUAUUUAAAAUUUUAGAAACAAAUUAUGAAAAUGAAUUAAAAAUUAUUAAUAAUUAUCAAUUACAAUUUGAAAAAUUUAAAUUUUCAACUAAAACACCAAGAUUUACAUUUAGUGAAGUGAAAUUAAUGUUAAUUGAAUUUUCUGAAAAUGAAAAUAAUAAAUUUUGUAUGGAGUUAUUUGAUUAUUUAAAUGUACAAGAAGAAAGAAUUUUUGGAAAAAUUGUUAAAGAGAAAUUUAAUGUAGAUUAUUAUAUCAUUGAAAAACCAUCUUCUGAAUAUCAACCAUUUUAUAUAAUGCCAGAUUCAAAUAAUGAAAAAUUAUUAAAUUCAUUUCAUAUUUAUAUUAAUGGUGAAAAAAUUGGUUCAGGUUCUCAACGUAUUCAUGAUUGGAAAUUACUUGAAAAAAGAUAUAAAAAUUAUUAUAUAAAUCAUAAUAAUAAUAAUAAUAAUAAUAAUAAUAAUAAUAAUAAUAAUAAUAAUAAUAAUAAUAACAAUAAUAUUGAAAAUUAUAUUAAUAUUUUCAAAUUUGGUUGUUCACAACAUGCUGGUUGUAGUAUUGGUUUAGAACGUUUGGUUAUGGCUUAUUUAGGUUUGGAAAAUAUUAGAAAAGCUAGUUUUUGCCCUCGUGAUCCAACAAGAUUAACUCCAUAA